CAUUGCGAGCAUCACUGCAUCCAACAUUUAUCCCAACACCCGACUCCACCUUUCCGAAACGGGACAAAUAUAAUUUAUUAAGACUUAAUCAGAACCAGUCUCCAUUUAUAGCAUUGGUUUCAUUGGUUUUCUGAAACAAUGGAGUUAUACGGGAAGAUGGCUGCUACACAAGACAACAAACAGAAGGAGAACUCUGAUCAGAACUUUGAUUACAUGUUCAAGCUGUUGAUAAUCGGGAACAGCAGUGUUGGAAAAACAUCUUUCCUCUUCCGCUACGCUGAUGAUACCUUUACAUCUGCCUUUGUCAGUACGGUGGGCAUCGACUUUAAGGUCAAAACUGUCUAUAAGAAUGACAAAAGGAUAAAGCUUCAGAUCUGGGACACAGCAGGGCAGGAGAGGUAUAGGACUAUCACCACAGCCUACUACAGAGGGGCCAUGGGCUUCAUCCUAAUGUAUGACAUCACUAACGAGGAGUCUUUUGCUGCUGUGCAGGACUGGGCGACACAGAUUAAGACAUACUCUUGGGACAAUGCUCAGGUGAUCCUCGCAGGAAACAAAUGUGACAUGGAGGAGGAGAGGAUAGUGUCUGUGGACAGUGGAAGACUACUAGCAGAACAAGUGGGUUUUGAAUUUUUUGAGACAAGCGCAAAGGACAACAUCAACGUCAAGCAGACAUUUGAACGCUUGGUGGACAUCAUUUGCGACAAGAUGUCCGACACUCUUGACGCUGACCCUGCUGUUUCCACGGGAACGCCCACUACCAGACUGACAGACAACCCAUCGCCUCCUCAACUGUCUGACUGUAGCUGCUAGUGCUUACUGUUCAGGCUGUUCGCUUUAGUGGCUCGAGCGCUGUUGCCAAGCUUCUGUAUACUGAGACAGAAAAAAGUUACUGAACCCCAAAUCUUUGGCCUGGUUUUAACUCCUAUUUUUAUUGGCAUUAAGACAACCAACUUAGCAAACUAGCAAGAUUGUGCCAAACACGAGUGUCUGACCUUGUCUUUCCUCUAUGCCAUUAUACCAGUAUACAGGUCUUAUUUCAGGGGUUGAUAGUGUACCCAUAUUCCCUUUACCUUGUAUUAGUAAUUUUAGCAAAGCAGGAAUUAGUUGAACCUUGCAGGCUUCACAAUCAUUCCCAUGUAUCUCAGGGGAAUUAUGAAUAUCUGCAAAUUUAUAAAUUCUAUACACUUGUCUAACUUAUGUGAAGUGUAUUUAGAGGGUGUUGUACUUUUGCAUUUUGCUGAUGAAUUGGUUGGAUAUAUUUUGUGUGAUUGCGAAAGCUGAAAAGUACAGAUACAAUAAAUGUGGCCUUGAAAUGGUUCUGGGGUCCAGAUCCACUCUUUCAUAUCCAGACAGAUUGGGUAAUUAAUUUGGUUGGCUUGACAAAGCCAACAUACUGUUAUUCUAUUGACUUAGUUUAGGUUUGUUUUUAUUAUUAUUUAUUAAUUUUUACAUGGAGCAGAACUGUCUUAUAGGGGCUGUCAUGUUGAGAUCGCAUGACCAGCGACAUACUACUUAUUUUAUUUUGGUAACCCACCUAUUAUCUGACACUUUUCCUCAAUGAAUAAAUUAUUCAUGGUUAACUGUGAAUAACACAUUUCUACACUGGCAUUGGCAACCGAACACUAUUGCUUUUGUCUGAUGCUGCAUCCAUUCAAAUAUGUGUCCGUUUAAAGUCAUAGACACCUGCCAUAUAGGCCGCACAUUAAAUACACAUUUAAAUUCAUAAACAAUCUCUCUUAGAUUAUUAUCUAAGAGAGACUGCAGGUUAUUUUCAGAUGAAAGAGACGUCAUUUUAGAGUCAACCCAUGCUUUUAUUUUGGUGCAUAUAUAAAAAAAAUUUAUUUGAUUUUACCAGUUUUCGUAUGUAAAUUUGAUUUCUACAGUUCUAUCCAAUAGACUGCAAUAAACAAAAGAGUCCAAUAAACAACUACACUGUCUUGUGAAACCCUCCAGACAAUUUGUCCAAAAAAAUUAAUAAAAAUAAAAUUAUAUAUAUAUAUA